ACUCGGUAUCCAAUAGUCGUAGCGCGAGCUCUAUUCCGGGGAUCGUUCUUCCAAUCACGCGCCACGAGAAUCGCGUCGAACGGAAUCUAUUUUCAGAGAUAACGAUGCUAAGAGUGUGAAAUCUGCACAGAGAGGAUAUUUAUUGUAUCGUUGAAGCUCGUUCGAUCGAAUCUAGGAAAUCCGAUCGAUGUCCAGUGAAUAUUUUUGGCUCGCCGUUUCCUGGCUCCUCGUGAACGGACUCGCGGCCGUCCACGCGGGACAUCGUGGCGAUCGUCGCGAAGAAUGGGUCGUCAGGCUCGAGGGCGGGCCUCGAGUUUCGUCGCUCUUGGCCCUGCAGUCUGGUUACAGGCAUCUUGGACCGGUCCUGGGAUUCAAGGAUACCUACGUGUGGCUUAAGGACCAAGGUUCCGGGCACGAGAAGAGGGCAGGCUUGCGUUCCCCGAAAGCGCUCAACUCGACUACCAAGAUCAUCUGGGCGGAUCAACAAAGGACAAUCGAGCGACAGAAACGCGGCUACGUGCCCCUAGCCAACCUGGAAUCCGAGAGACCUCUGAUAAGGGAGAAGAGGCUCGAGAUAGAUCGCUUGAACGACGUGGAAGAGGAUCAAAGUUUCCAGGAAUAUUUCGCCUACGAUCCUGAUGACUCUAGGUUGAUGUUCAACGACGAACUGUGGAACCAAGAAUGGUACCUGCAAGACACAAGGUCGAACAAAGCUUUGCCGAAGCUCGACUUGAACGUGCUACCCCUCUAUCGACUGGGGGUAACUGGUCGCGGCGUCAGGAUCGCCGUUUUGGAUGACGGUUUGGAGUACACUCACGAUGAUCUUCGGAACAACUACGAUCCAGAGAUUAGCUACGACGUGAACGAAGGCGACGACGAUCCACUACCUCGAUACGAAGUAUCAGGGAUGAAUGGCCACGGGACAAGGUGCGCUGGGGAAAUAGCGAUGGAGGCCAACAACCGGAAGUGCGGCGUAGGCGUCGCGUUCGAAGCCUCCGUCGGAGGGAUCAAGCUCCUCGACGGUUUGGUGAACGAUCGCGUGGAGGGGGAGGCUCUCGGGUACAAACCGGAAGCUGUGGACAUUUACACAGCCUCUUGGGGGCCUGCGGAUGACGGGAGGAGUCUCGAGGCGCCUGGGAGACUCGCCUCAGAAGCUCUCAAACGUGGAAUUUCCAUCGGGAGGGGCGGCCGGGGCAGCGUUUACGUGUGGGCUUCCGGAAACGGGGGCUCGAAAUCGGACGAUUGCGGAUGCGACGGAUACGUAGGGAGCAUUUACACGAUCGCCGUUGGCUCCGCGAGCCAGACCGGCAGGUUCCCCUGGUACGGGGAAAGUUGCGCAGCGACGAUGGCCACGACGUACAGCAGCGGAGCGUACCACGAUCAAAUGAUAGCGACAACAGACCUGCGGAACACUUGCACGACGAGGCACACCGGGACCUCGGCGUCCGCUCCAUUAGCCGCGGGAAUACUCGCGCUGGCUCUUCAAGUAAACAAGGAUCUGUCGUGGCGGGACGUGCAGCAUCUCGUCGUUUGGACCUCCGAGUACAGCCCGCUCAGGGAGAAUCCUGGCUGGUUCCGGAACUCCGCCGGCUUCUGGUUCAACUCGCGCUUCGGCUUCGGACUGAUGAACGCGUUCGCGCUGGUCGCCGCGAGUUCCAACUGGACCACCGUCCCGGAGAAGAGCAUUUGCGAAGUGGUCGCCGACGAAAUAAUCGACGAGAGGCUGGCUUACGGGGACUCGAGGAGGCUGCGAUUCGAGGCCGGGGACGAGUGUCGAUCGUCGCCGAACGGAAUAACGUUUUUGGAACACGCGGAGAUCGAGGUCAGCCUCGAGUACAGUCUUCGCGGCGCACUCCAGAUGCACCUCACCGCGCCCUCAGGGACACGUGUGCAGCUGCUAAAGCCCCGGAAGUUGGACAACUCGUCCGCCGGUUUCGAGAAGUGGAGAUUUAUGUCCGUGGCAUCUUGGGGCGAGGAUCCUCGCGGCAGCUGGCUGUUGGACAUAGUCGAUGAGAUUGGACCGAAGGAAAAUAACGGCACAAUAGGAUCAGCCGUAUUGGUUCUACACGGUACAAGCACGAUGCCCGAGUAUCGCAAAAACGGGCCGAGAGUAUACAAUCGCGAGUACAAUCGGCUCCGAGACACGAAGGAAUUCCUCGACGUGGAUCGGCCAACGAAUUUCAUGUUCAGCAGGAAGCACGAGAGCCUCGACUACCAACCUCCAGAUGGCAACGAUUUAUAUGACGAACGUUGGCUCGGAGAACUCGCGACGGAUGAAAAUUAAAGAUCCCGUAACCGAGCAAAUUGUAGCUAAAUUAGUUCCGAAACUAUCGGAAUGAUACACGGCAUCCGGCACUCGGAAAAGUAUCGCUGCGUUCGCGAGAGCGUCAGCUGAUCAAUCCACCGACACGUUCGCGUUUCACUCGGACCUGGCAUCGCGUUUGUAUAAUAUAUUAAUAUAAUCCUUCAGCCGUGAAAUUCUGUUGCCAGUAGAAUGAAAUUAACGGACCGCGAGCGUUUAUUCAUGAAACGCGUCCAGUUUAUUAAUAAAAAGUUACCUCGAACGUUCCAUGGUUUGU